GUUGGAAGCACCAAAGCUUAAUGUGGAGCCCCAGCAGAUGAAGAGGAAGAAGAAAGUGGGUGGAUACAAUUUGCGGAAGAGCUUGGCAUGGGAUCGAGCUUUCUUUACUGAAGAAGGUGUUUUGAACCCCUUGGAGCUGUCUAUGAUUAGCGGCAAUCAUAGUACGGCUAAUAAUGAGUUGACGAUGAUCGAUGAAGAAGAAGAAAAUGCAAUAGUGGGUGACGGAGACAUUGUCGGUGCUUCAUCAAUGCUACAAGACAUUGAGGAAAAUUUAUUUAAGCCAUUGCCAGAAGAUAGGAAGAUUGGCGCUUCCUCAUCACCGGUUUCUCAUGCAUUAACCAAAGAUACGUUUACCUCUGCAUCCUUGGCGAAGCGGAAGGUGCUUGCUGUCAAUAAUACCAAUAGAAACGGGUCUAAAGGUGAUGCCUGUCCUCGGCCAAUUGCUUCAUCUUCGCUGAAAAGACCUGACACAUCAAAAGCACAGAGAAAAGAAUCAAAAUCAAAAGGUGCCAAAAUACCUCUUCCAAAAUCCCAUGUUCCCGUGACUACAACCACUGCAAGAAGUGGAGCAUUGGGCAUAGGCUGCUCAAGAAGAAAUCAACAUGAUCAUUCGGCUGCUUAUGUUCAGAAGAAUGCUGCAGUAAAAGGUCCGCCAAGAAACCCAAAAGGCGGGCAUAUUAAUGCAAAGUUUGAAGUGACUGACAAAUCUUCAGUCACUAGGAAUAGUAAACGACAAGCUGGGAAAGAUUUUAAUGACUCAGAAUCACAUCCACCGCCUAGGUUACAGCAUCAAGCGGUAACUGAGGCAAGGAAGGGCUUUGAACUCCAUCCUCCACGGCGUGAUUGCAAUACUGGUGAGAAAAAGCAACCCACACAAUUUCAAACAGCAAGACCAUCAGGCUUACGGAUGCCAUCUCCCUCACUGGGAUUCUUCUCUCAACAAAAAGCCUCUAGUCAACAUAGCAUAUUGCAUAAAGGCUUCAAACCUAGCAAACCUGCUGAAAGUAACAUUCCUAAAUUAAAUAAAGUUGAGGUGGAUUGUGUUAAUGAAGCAAGGGGUCUGCAUCCUCCUGGAAAAACUUCUGAAACUGUCAAAGGUGGGACAAAUAAUUGCACUCCAAAUGUAAGCCUUACAGAUGUCAAGUCCGAACCAUGCUUGCAGGUAGAAGAUAAUCAGAAAAGAGAAGUGCAAUGUUAUUCCUUAGGUUCUGGGGAAAUAACUGAGCAAGGAAAGGUUGAAACAAUUCCAGAGCAUGUGAACGACAAUGAUAAGAAUCUUCUUUUAGAAAGUGAUAUCAAUAUGGUUGAUCGUUUGAAGACUAAGGUUGAUGAGGAUCAAUUCGAAGAACCACAAUCUAUGUGCUAUUCUAGCACAAAAAGAACUUCCAUAGGGAAAGAUGAUUUGCCAACCAGUGCACUGAAUGCCAUAGAGCACGAGGUAGAUAUGAAAAUGAAGCCUCUCGUGUGUGAUGCUCAGAUCCCUAAUGAAGGUUCGGUGCCACAAGCAGAAAAUGGCUCUUCAUUUACAGACUGCAGACACUCUGGAGUCUUAAAGGAAUACAAUUGCAUGAAGAUGGUACAGGUAAAUUCAAGUCUUGGAGAUUUUAGUGAAGCAGUAUUGGGUGUAUCUCGGGAACGAAUUCCCUAUAAAAGUACUGAAGGGGUCAAAGAUUGUGUUGUUGACUUUGAUAAACAUGGAGCGGACGCGCAACUUCAUUUAUUAAAUGGAAAUCUGGCAUCUUGUUACAAUGACACCAGCCAACUUAUUUCAGAGGCCGUAAAUCAACAAUCACAGUACUUUCAUAUUGUGAACGGAGGUUACAAGGAACAGUCUGAGAAUCUGAAUUUAAGUAUAGAAGCAGAAAUAAAUUCAAGAAGUGAUAGCGAGUCUCAUGUGAACGUUCGCUUGGUUCAUGCAACAACCUCAUCGUCUCAAGAGUCUCCUAAAAAGCCUUUGCUAGAAGUCAUCGAUGCCAGUGAAAGUGUGCUCAAAAUAGCUGAAAUGGAAGACUGCAAGCACACAGGGGAUGUUCAGUCAGGUUCUGUCCACAGAAAAUCGGUUGAUGAUGAAUAUGACCAGCUUAUUGACUCAAAAUUGAUUCAGGAUAUUUCUUCUAGGGGUGCUUCAUUGCAUUAUGAUUUGUCAGUUGCUCAGCGUGAUGUCCUUGGAAACUUUGACCAACAAGCUAGGAUGCUUACAUCUAAAAUGAAUAACAUUCUUUGCCAGAAUGAGAAUUCAGUAGUAAAUCACAGCCCCUCGCAUGAUGAGAGCGACUCCUUUGAAACUCCUGCAAAUGCCAGUUUAGAUACGAAAGACUUCUUCGGAGGAGCAGAAACUCCCUCUGGCCUCCAUGAAAAUAAGCUAUUAGCGCCGACAAUCACAGAACCAAAUGGCGCAGAGAGACGGAUUGAAAAUUUACGUGUGAAAGAUACAUCAGUGAUGUGCUCCGAUGAAAAUCCCCUGAUUUGCAGCCGCAAUGACAACCCCGGUACUUCACUUGGCAAACAUCAUUCUCCACUAAUGGUUGAAAGCACUAAUAGAGAAUCACCUCCGGAGCUUCGAAGACAGGGACUUGUAGUGGAUGUUGAUUUUUCGCAAGUUUACUUGAAUGGUGAUUUGUUCCCUGCAAACAAUGCUUGUUCUGAAGAGAUCAGAAGUGAAAUUUUAUUUGAAGGUGUGUCAGAACAAUGCAAUAACAAUGCAAGUGAGGAUAUUAUUUUCAAACAUCAUAUUCAGGCUGCAUCUAUGAUUAAAGAUGGAAGCUUUGACAUGGAUGAAAGGACAAAGCAUUUACCAGAUGGUCCAGAUCAAGUUACUGCUGAAACUGUUGAGGUUGACCCUAAUCAUAAAGUUAAUGAAUCCAAUAUAGCAUCUUCUAUACAGGGGAAUGAAGGCCAGAUUGUUGAUCGGAAAUACAAUGAACGUUGUUCGUUAAGUAUAAGUUUGAAGUCACAAAUUGCAGAUAAUUUGAUAUCCCAUGAACAAAUUCCAAAGAGCAUCGAAGCCGGUUCGUUGAAGAGGAAAAGUUUGUCAGAAGAAGCUGAAAUUAUUGUCUCUGGCAAAGAUGAGAUUUCUAAUGCCAAUGUUCAGAAUCAGAUUGCAGAAGAUAGCGGCGAAAUAUUUCAUCUUAAGAAAUCCGGAACCAAAAGGAAGCAGAAUGUCUCUACAGUGAUUCCUCUUCAAAACGUUGCUCCGUUUUCUGAUGAAUGGUUAGCUGCAAUGGAAGCUGCUGGAGAGGAAAUUUUAACAAUGAAAGGUGGCGCUGUCCAAAAUUCUCCCACCGAGAAGCCUCAGCAUGAACCAGGUCCAUGGUCCCCGGUAAGACGUAAAAAUCAAGCAAUUGGACCAUAUGAUUGCACCAAAUACACCAAUAUGAAUAUCCCCCAUUCCUGUCAAUAAUAACUACUGAAAUAUGAUCCUUAUAAUCUUUGAACUAACCAUUUAAGUUCUCAUUUUUAUUUUAAAUUUUUGGAGCCAUUCAGACGUUGUAGAACCUGCUGUAUUGACUAUGGAGAACCGAGUGCUUGGCAGAUAGAGUUUCAAUUUCCACACGACUUGCUCUGAAAAAGCUUCAGAGGAAAAAUAAGUGUUGGAGGUUGAAUAUUAUGCAAUUUGUAAUUUGUAAAUUGUGUAUGAUACACUGCUUUUUUAUAUACUUUCGGCCUGUGUACAAUUCUUUUGAUUCUUUACGCAGUGAUCCUCCACAUGCGCAAGAUGCCAUCAAAUUCCAAGUUAAUCCGCAUCUUUCUAUAUACUAUGCAGUCCAAAAUAAGUCAGUUACUAUUUAUACGCCGAAUGACUUGUACUAAAUUUUACGAACGUACAUAUAAAUUAUUUGUGUCCAAAAAAGAACGAUUUAGAUAC